GAUAAUCCCAUUUCUAAAGGAUUUAAUCGAUGUUUUAAUAUUAAAGAAGAAGAACAAUUAGUUUGACUUCUUAUGGACAAUUUUUUCUUGGUUCUGUUUUUGUAUAAUUUUGCUUUAUAUGUCCACUAAAUAUGAAGCGUAUUAGUGAAAAGAAACUUGAAGCGUUUGCCGUUGGGAAUAUGGGCAAACGCACCCUGUCUAAAAAGGAAAUUGAAGAACAGAAAAAGAAAGAAGAUGAGGCAGCCGCGGCACAUGUUUUCAAAGAAUUCGUUGAAACAUUUCAAGAAGCUCCCAGUGCCUCAUCUAAAGUAUGGGUAAAGGCCGGUACUUAUGAUGCGGGAUCAAGACGUGAAGACAGCCGUGAGAAGGGUAAAUUAUAUAAACCAGGAUCAAAGUUGGAUGAAAAAAGCGCAGCAGAAAAGGCACAAGAAUACGCUAAAAUGCUUGCAUCGGACUUGAAAAAAGAUGCAGUUCCGAUAAAAAAGAAAAGUCAAGAGAAGAAGAAAAGCAAUUUGGAAUUGUUUAAAGAAGAAUUAAGACAAAUACAAGAGGAACGUGAAGAGCGUCACAAAUACAAACAUCUUGCGGGUCAGGCAGUAGCUCAACAGAUCGUUGAAAGUGCACCCGAAUCCCGCGAAUCGGGUUCAUUCGAUACUGGCGACCCAAAUACCACUAAUCUCUAUCUAGGCAAUCUCAGUCCCAAGAUUUCAGAACAACAGCUAAUGGAAAUUUUUGGACGUUAUGGGCCUCUUGCAAGCAUAAAAAUUAUGUGGCCACGUUCCGAAGAAGAAAAACAAAGAGGACGUAAUUGUGGAUUCGUUGCUUAUAUGAGUCGUAAAGACGCCGAAAGAGCUCUAAGAACUCUGAAUGGUCGAUACAUAAUGGGAUAUGAAAUGCGCCUAGGUUGGGGUAAAUCCGUACCAAUUAUGAACCAACCAAUUUUUAUACCACCCACACUUUUGGAACUUACGUUACCACCACCCCCAUCUGGUCUACCAUUUAACGCCCAACCCCCACCUACAGAAGUUCAAAAUAUACCAAGAAUAAACUACAAAGAAUACACUACAGAAGAAGAGAAGGAAAAUAUGGAAAAGAUACUAUAUAAAUCUGUUGUGAAAGUACUCAUACCUACAGAAAAAGCGGUUCUCAAUAUUAUACAUCGUAUGAUUGAAUUUGUGAUACGUGAAGGUCCUAUGUUUGAAGCUCUGAUAAUGAGUCGCGAAAUGGAAAAUCCAUUAUUCUCGUUUUUAUUCGAUAACGAAAGUCCUGCGCAUAUAUAUUAUCGAUGGAAACUAUUUUCAUUAUUGCAAGGAGAUACACCCUCAGAAUGGAACGAAAAGGAAUUCCGGAUGUUUAAAGGAGGUCCUAUUUGGAAGCCACCGAUAGCAAACUUUUAUACGAUGGGUAUGCCAGAUGAACUUGUCAUUGAUCCAGAUGCCACCGUUGUGCACAAAGGUGCACUUUCAAAUGCCCAACGCGAUCGCUUAGAAGACCUUUUGCGCCACAUAACACCGGAGCGUACGCGCAUUGGUGAUGCAAUGAUAUUUUGCAUAGAACACGCUGAUGCUGCAGAUGAAAUUUGUGAGUGCAUUGCCGAAUCACUGUCCAAUCCAGACACAUUAGUAUCAAAAAAAAUUGCUCGUCUCUACCUCGUCUCCGAUUUAUUGCAUAAUUGUACUGUGAAAGUUUCGAAUGCUUCCUUUUUCAGAAAAGCCAUUGAAAAACAUUUAAUGGAAGUAUUUGAAAAUAUGCACAACUUUUUCAAUUCAAUGGAGAGUCGGCUAAAAGCUGAAGGCUUAAAGUCGCGUGUUAUUAAUGUAAUACGUGUUUGGGAAGAAUGGACAAUAUAUCCAAAGGAAUUUUUGGCAAAACUUAAAAGUGUAUUUUUGGGAAAACAGGUAAAAAAAAACAUGUUAAUUACAAUAGUAAAUAUUUAUUUAUGUACAAUAUGUAUUUUAUAUAUGAAGAUCGCAUCGUCACCACCUCCAAUAGAGGAAGCAAUAGAAGAAGUGCACGAUGAUAUUGAUGGUGCUCCCUUGUCAGGUGAUGAAAAGGACGAUGAGGACUUAGAUGGUAUACCACUGGAUGGUGCAGCUUUGUUGAAAAGCGCUCUGAUGCGUGGCUUACCAGAAGCAAUGUCGAUACAAAAAAGCACACCCACAAGACGUGGUGCUGACAUUGAAGAAGAUGACGAUAUCGAUGGAGUACCAUUGGACGAUGACAUUGAUGGUAUACCUUUGGAAAAAUUAUCUUGUGAUUCAUCAAAUGCCAAGAGCGGUGCAUUCAUACCGUCGAAGUGGGAAACAGUUGAUCCCGAACAGGUUGAAGCUCAGGCAAUCACAACUAGCAAAUGGGAUACUCUGGAUCCACCACAACCACCAAAGUUUUACGACUCUAGUGACGAUGAACAGUUAAGCAAUAAUGUUGCACAUCAUUAUGACGAAGAUAAACGUACAAAAUUACGUGAAAUUGAAGUGAAAACAAUGCAAUAUCAAGAUGAGUUGGAAGCUGGCAUGAGACAACUAAAAUCAGGCUGGACUAUAAGUGAACAAGUGGAAUACUUUAGGCACAAGCUACUUAAAAGGGAUACUGAUGUAACAGAUUCACCGUUAUCUUACAUGAAUAUAAAAGAUAAUCGUCGAGGAAGUGAAUCUCCAGAUAGCUCUAGCAGAAGAGCUCGUCGUCUUAAGCAUUCGCCAUCAACAGUACAAUAUAAUAGCAGCAGUUCACGAUCGUCUCCAGCGCGUACAAGUUGUAAACGGUCACGUUCUCCACUAGUUACACGACGUGAGGGAUCACCAAACUCUACUAGUACGCGCAGCACAAAAUCAAAAAGAAAUCGUUCACGUUCCCUUUCAGACUCGCCAAAACGAUAUAUUGAACGCACAACGUAUAUAUCAAAAUCUGUUCGAUAUGAAAAUUCACCACGUUCCCGCAAAUCGCCUUCGCCGGGCUAUUCGUCUUCGCGUUCAACUAAACGUGAUGAUAGAGAACGUGAAUAUCGUAGCGAAAAGCACAAAACCCGGCAUAAGCAUUGAAUUGAAAGGAGAGAGUACAUCAUAAAUGUAUGAAAAAUAAACAUUUUCAAUAAUUAAGCAAUUUUAAAAAUAAUAAAAAUUUAUUUAAUCAAACUAA